CGUUUUGUUUUGCAAGGGCUAAGGAGUAUUCUCUUCCCACUUCUCGACCCUUAAGUUCAUGCUGCCCGAAGGAAAUUGGUCGAGCGACUGCUACUUUAAUGAGUGACGAGGAUAUUCCAUAAAGUUGUCUACAUGGCAAAACAAUGUUCGGAUUUACUAGAUGGGAUUGAUGAAUUCUUAGAUGCACUGACCGGUUAAUGACCGGCGAAUGGGAUCCGAGCAUUCGAAUUGAGCCUCCUAGUACAAUUCCUAAUCAACAAAGACGUAUUCAACAAAAGCCCUCAGCUAGAAGUGACAAAUUUGCCUGCAAUAAAUUGGCAGGAACUAGUAAUGAGGAUCCCACAACUGGAUUACCUUAUGGGAGUAAUGGAAAAGAUUUGGCUGUAAUUGGAGGUUCUAAACUUGCUACUAGUUUAGUCCUUUUGGACAAUACCUUUUGCAAUUUUCCCUGCAUUGUUGGUUUUGAUUGGGCAGUUUAUAAUGCUUCUGGAUUUUCUUCUGGAGGUGUUUGUGAUGAUUGUCAACAUAACAAAAUGGGAAACAAUUGUGAGCAAUGCAAACCAAAUUUUCCUCAAAGAUCCAUUCGAGAUCCAUACGUCUGCAACCAUGCCAAUGCGAUCGCAGUGGUUCUAAAUUCGAAGGAAUUUGUGAGGGUGAAGAAGAGCCAGAACGUGGAUUGGUUGCAGGAAAAUGUUAUUGCAAAAGCAAUGUUGAUGGGCCAAAUUGUGAUCGAUGUAAAAAUGGAUUUUGGGAAAUGA